AUUUAGAUCAUUCGAUAUCGAUGCACGGAAAUAAAUACGAUACAGAUGUCACGGUUUGGUCUCCCGAAGGAAAACUACAUCAAGUAAAAUAUGCCACGGAAGCCGAAAAGCAAGGAAGUGCAUGUUGUGGAAUUCGUACGAAUAAAUAUGUCGUUCUCGGUGCUUUCCGCAGACGGCCAAACGAGCUUGCUUCAUACCAACGAAAGAUCGUAGAAAUCGAUACACACAUGGGAAUCGCAAUGUCCGGUUUAACUGCAGAUGCGAGAGCACUAUCGAAAUAUAUGAGAACAGAAUGCAUGGACCACGAGUACGUAUAUGGAAGAAAGAUGCCUAUGGAGAUGCUGGUUCGUCAAGUAGCAGAGAAAGAGCAUUUCUGUACUCUCACAUACGAACGUCGUCCUUACGGUGUUGGUUUGUUGAUCGGCGGUGUGGACUCCAAAGGUCCUCAUCUCUUCCAUACAUCUCCCUCUGGCGAGUACCUCGAAUACAGUGCGUGUACGAUCGGUUCUCGCAGCCAGAGCGCGAAGACAGCUCUGUCUCGACGUUUUUUGAACGAAGAAACGAACGUGGUGACGGUGAGCGAUGAUUUGACGCUCGACGAGCUGAUUAACAUCGUGCUGGAUGCGUUGAAGGGCUGCGUGCAGGGCGAUUCAAAACUGACAAAGGAAAACUGCUCGGUAGCCGUGGUGGGAGUGGAUUUGCCGUUCCGCGAAUUGAGCGAAGAGGAAAUCGCGCCGUAUGUGAAUGCUCUGACCCAGUGGAUUGUUUGUUUGAAAGAAAUGAGAGAAAAAGGAAUGGAAGUGGAUAAAUGGGGUUGGCAGAGCCGAAGAGGAUUUGUGAGAGGAAAUAAAGCAAGCGGUGCUUCUCACUAG